AUGAAGAACCUGCUCCCUUGUGCACUCGCCACCCUGGCCGUGGCUGCUGCGGCUGCAGAGUUCCCAUCCCAGUCCUUGAAGCCUGCAGCCACUGUCGUCCCCUCAGCCACACUCUUCCCCGGAGAGUCGCUGCAAUUGACAGACGAGGUCCUGGGCGAAGUGGAGGCCGCGAUCCAAAACAAGUCGGUGUCCGACCUGUUCAAGUUCGGAGACGCGGCUGUUUCAAAGCGAAGCGGGCGCAGUUGCAAGACGCUGCCAGGCGACUCGCUGUGGCCGAGAAACCUACUCUGGGAGAUCUUUGACCUCCUCCUUGGACGACGUCUAAUCAAGGCCUCGCCGCUGGCUGCAGUAUGCUAUCCUGACUGGCCAGAUUACGAUGCAACGAAGUGCGUUGAGAUCACCACGCAGUGGUCUACUUCUGAUCUCCAUAUGGGCGACCCAACCUCCAUAAUGCUUCCUCUCUUUGAAGGCCGCACUUGCAUGCCCCCUGGCUCGAACUACACCGACACCUGUAUGAUGGGCGGUUAUCCCUCGUACGUCGUGAACGUCACCAACGUGGCCCAGAUCCAGCUAGCUGUCAACUUCGCGCGCAGCCUCAACCUGCGUCUAGUUGUCAAGAAUACAGGCCACGACUUCAACGGCAAGGCUGCUGGCAAGGGGGCGUUGUCCAUCUGGACCCAUUGGCUCAAGGAUAAGCGGUUCUAUCCCGAGUACCGCUCUGACAACGGCUAUAUCGGCCCUGCGAUCAAGUUCGGCGCAGGCACCCAGGUCUGGGAGGCCAAUGAGUUUGCAAAGGAGAACCACGUUACGACUGUUGGUGGUGAGGCUGUUACUGUUGGUCUGGGAGGAGGAUUCACUGCUGGUGGUGGCCAUUCGCCGUUGUCCAGCAUGUAUGGGCUGGCUGCUGACCAGGUCUUGUCUAUGGAGGUUGUCCUUGCUAAUGGCCGCUUCAUCACCGCAUCGGCAACCCAGAACCCAGACGUCUUCUGGAUGCUCCGUGGAGGAGGAGGGAGCACUAUCGGCGUCGUCACCUCGUUGACGGUCAUCGCGCACCCCCAGAUCCAAACGACCUCUGUCACCUUCAACUUCACAAUCAACGACUGUCCUAAUGCCGAUGCCUUUUGGACCGGCGUCUCUGCCUACCUCGACAACUUCCAGCGCUUCGUCGACGCCGGGUCGUACGGCUACUACUACGUUGGGGCCUCCUCUAUCCUGAUCGGCACUGACUAUGCUGGGUCGACAGACUAUUACUUCCGUAUGGAAUCAUUCGUUGCACCGAACAUGACAGUCGCCCAGACCAAGACAUUGCUUGCCCCGUGGUUCGACGUGCUCGAUAGUCAGAAUAUCACAUACACCCCGUGGUACAACCACGCUGAUAACUACCACGAUGUCUGGAAAGCAGCCUUCCCCCAGGAAUUCACCGGCUCGGCAAUGGUAAAGACGGCCUCACGUCUGAUGCCCCGGACUGUAUUCACCGAGGACUCCUCCCGAGCCAGCUUGUUCGCUGCCCACCAGGAUGCCAUCAAAAAUGGCCUCUUCAUCGCCGGCUUCCACAUCUCCGGCACAGGAAUCGCCAUGACACCACCAACAAACAACGCCGUGCUUCCCGCCUGGCGCAACGCCCUUGCCCACAUCAUCGUCGGCGGGCAAUGGAGCGCCGACGCAAGCUGGUCCACCGUCUACAGCACGUCCACAUUCGUGACGGCGUGGAUGGACAAGAUGCGCGCCAUUGCGCCUGACUCCGGUGCUUAUAUGAGCGAGGCGGACAUCAUCGAGCCGGAUCUUCAGCAGGCGUUCUAUGGGAGUAAUUACCCGAGACUCUAUAGCCUGAAGCAGAAGUAUGAUCCCACGGGAUUGUUUUAUGCGCUUACGGCUGUGGGCGCGGAGGAUUGGGAGGUGCAGACGGUGGAUCCGUUGCCGGAAUCGUGGAAUAACAAUGGAAGGUUGUGUCCUGUAUAUUGA